GCACUGCAUCCUGUCGAGAUGGCGUCCUCUAACCCUCUGCGACCCCACAACAGAAGUCAGCAGGAUCAACCAGGGACCUUGAUGAAUCAGGAUUUGAAGACUAAGCUCAGUGCGUCCUCCUUUAAAAGAGGAUCUGAGAAUCUUGACCCCAAUGCUUCUGCUGAAACUGGAAAAGGAGUCAAUAAACUGAAAGCUGUCAGCAGGCUUCCAGUCCUCGCCAAAUCUCUGCAACCAGCCCUAAGUGAGCUCUCCCAAAAUCCCAGUCUCAACAGAUGGGAACAGAGGCCUCUUAUGGGUAAAGUGCAGAAAAAAAGGGCCUGCACCAAACCCAUUCCUUUCAAUCUGUCCCAGUCACGCUCACGCGGUCAGAGAAACACAGACAUUCCUCAAGAAAAAGCGCCCCUGACGCAUUCUGCCCGACUAACACCUGUGGCAAAAGUGAGGAACUUAAAUCCAAGUGCCAAAACUGAAACUCAGAGCCAUAAGGCUACUACACCAGGUGUCCUCAGGGCUCCAGCAAACAAGUCACAGCGAUUGCAGCCUGGUAGUCAUGUAGAAUAUGUUGCAUUAAAUAAAAACUCCACUGAUGUUCACCCACCUUCACAAGAAUCCAGAUGCUGCAGUCACACUGAUUUAAGUUCACGUUUAGGUAGCAUCACUCUUGUACAAUCUAAGCUUCCUGAAGACUUAGGUUGGAGUCAUUUAUGUAAAACUUCACUUGUUAAAGUAGAUGUUAAUUCUGAUAAUCAAGCACCAAAGGACAAGUACUGUUUCCAAACUGUCCCUUCAACUACACAAAGCCAUGUAAGCACUAAAGGAUCAUCAUCAAAUCUUCCAUCAGCUGUACGCAAUGUCCUUCCAUGUGAGGGAUCGAGUGCUGUUGGAGCACAAUGCAUGAUGCUGCGUUUAUCUACCUGCCCCCCUGGACUGGGAACCUCCAAUCAUGUGCCUCAAAGAGUUGUGAAGAAGAGUCACCAUGGUGUUGAUGGCACCGCAGACAAAGCUGGGCCGUUUUCCCCUGACCCAUCGGCACUACGUAGUAUUCUACAGAGUGAUGGAAUGAGACUGGAGGAGCAUGUUGGAGCAACACCCAGAGUAUCAGUCUGUCCCACUGGCAGAGGAACUUCUAUUUAUUCAGCUCAAAGAGUACCUGUCAAAAAGACUCAAAAAGAAGCUCCAGCGGAGGCCAAAAGCACUACAGGAAGUGCUGUGUCCUUCUCCCCUGACCCUGCAGCCCUGUGCAGUAUUCUACUGAAUGAAGGUGUGAGGGCUGUUGGAGCAACACCCAGGGUUUCAACCUGUCCCACUGGCAGAGGAACCUCCAUUUAUUCUGCCCAGAGAGUCCCAGUGAAGAAGAAUAAACCAGAAGCCACAGCGACAGCAGCAGCAUCUCAGUGUGCAAAUAGAACACCAGUGAUGAAAUGGACACCGCAGCGGGUUGCAAACACCAAACCACAGUCAAUGAGGAAGCUCUGUACCGGCCAAAAGAUGUCCAGUUUAAGGGGCUCUCCGGGUUUGCGUGGAGCCCACGACCCCAGCACUGGACUCUUGAUGUGCCAUGAGGGGGAGGAUGUUGUUCAGAGGUUAUUUGAGGACCAAGAGCAGACCGACGAUGACCGGAUUGACCAAGAUGAGGUUACUUCGCAACAAUUGCUGAAAAGUCACCAAACUGCUGAAGCUCAGUCAAGAAUGAAAGAAAAUUCUGAUUCAAACCAUUGCCACACUGAGAACAGAGGCAAGAAAACAGCCCAGCCGUUCAUACAAGCAGCACACAGAGGGUCAGUCAUUGUUUUCUCAUCAAGCCAAAGACUUGGACCAGACCGGUCUCAGGAUACUCUGAAGACCACUGGAGCAGACGUCCCUUUGCAGCUCUGUGUAGACCGGCCAACAUCCCAAAAUGCACUACCACUGCUAUCAGACCAAAGAAAUGGAUCACAGAUCAAUCCUAGCUUAGACCUGGCUAAACAAAGCCAAUCAAAAGCUCCUACCGUCACACACUCUACCGCUGUGUCUGCUCUGCGGCGGCGUCAUACGCCUCUGGAGGAGAUGAUUCUGGAUGAGGAAUGUGCUACGUACACCUCUCGCCUGCUGUCCUGCCCGCUGCAGCCCCGCUGUGGCAACCCGGUGGCCACCACACUUCUGUUUAAAGACUGUACUAGUUUUUUACCCAUUGGCCUGUCCUCACCAGUACAUUUGAAUCCAGUCCCUUCUGGUUCCUCAAUCAGAGCAUAAAGGCAGAUGUCCCACAGCAUAUUUCUUGAGUAGGUCUGUGUAAAGUUAUGUAAUACUGUCUGAAACAGUAUUUCUAGUUGCACUUUUGAAAUGGCAUGUUGUCAUACAGUUAGAUGUAACUGGAUACAGAUUCCACAAGCAGCAAAGUCUUGGACAGAUACAAUGUUUGAUGGGAUUUACUGUUGACAGCAUGACUGAACUCUUUGUAUACUGAACACUUUCAUAAUUUUUACACUGAACUUGUCACUGACUAGAAACACUAUGUGCUUUCAGCUUGUCUCUUGUGUAAAGUGUAUAAUAAAUCUAUAUAUAAACACAAAGGCUUACAUUA